AUGACUUCAGCUAUGAGAAUAUUGCUAUAUGGAGUGACAACAGAUGCAGUUGAUGGGAAAACACUGCAAUUCAAAGUUUGCAACAUUUUUGUAAUUCAAUCACACAAUGACUUGAAUGUGUUGGAUCGAUCGCCCUUAUUUUCUAAUCUUGCUCAAGAUAAAGCUCCCCCUGUCCAUUACACUAUUAAUGGACACAGUUAUAAUAUGGGUUAUUACCUUGCUGAUGGUAUAUACCCUCAAUGGGCAACACUGGUUCAAACAAUCUCUUCUUCCCUAGGAGCAAAGAAGCAAUAUUUUGCAAUGAUGCAAGAGUCAGCAAGGAAGGAUGCAGAGCGUGCAUUCAGAGUGCUUUAA